CCGGGCGGCGGGACCGGGGUAGGUUGCAGGCUGGCAGCGUGUGUGGCGAACGCGGGGCGCUCGGGACCUCGCCGCCACCUCACCGCUUCCCGCCAGCUCUGCACCACGACUCCUGGCGCCGGUUUGAAGACGUCAAGGAGGCAGGCGACCGACAGGGCUGACCCGCCGUCGGUUCGCCCGGGGCGCAGCCCGCACCAGCGAGCGCCUCUUGCAGCGGUUGUGGGCCUGCCCCCGCGGCCCCUGCCAUGACCGAGUCCCUCCCCCAGAGGAGACUCGUCCUCAGCGGUUGCUGCAGAGAGAGAUGAAGGACCUGUUAGACCGUGAGACUAGUUCGGGGCCCGCCAAUUAGAGGGACUCGGCGGAAGGUCGCCUGCGGCCUCCCGGACUCGUUCUCUUCGCCGCGUGAGCGAGGCCUCGCUAGCCUCCGGGCGCGCGGCAGGCGCAGGGGGCAACGGGCCCCGGCGGAGCGCGCGGGCGACAUGUUCCCGCGAAGGCCGCCGGCCGGCCUGGCCGCCUGGCUGGUGGGCGCGGCGGCGGCGGCCGGGCGCGCGGGGCUGCGGGGCGGGGGCCUGCUCGCCCUGCUGGCCAAUCAGUGCCGCUUCGUGACGGGCCUGCGCGUGCGGCGCGCGCAGCAGAUCGCGCAGCUCUACGGCCGCCUCUACUCGGAGAGCUCGCGCCGCAUCCUCCUCGGCCGCCUCUGGCGCCGGCUGCGCGGACGCCCGGGCCAUGCCUCUGCCUUGAUGGCGGCGCUCGCCGGCGUGUUUGCGUGGGACGAGGAGAGGAUCCAGGAGGAGGAGUUGCAGAGAUCCAUUGAUGAGAUGAAACGGUUGGAGGAAAUGUCAGGUUUGUUUCAGAGCUCUGGAGUUGAACGCCCCCCUCCCGAACCAAAAUCCCAAACCCAAGGGCAUGAGGAUUCAGGAGGCAAAGAGCAACCGUGGGAAAUGGUGAUGGACAAGAAACACUUCAAGCUGUGGCGGCGGCCCAUUGCAGGCACCCACCUUUACCAGUACAGAGUUUUUGGAACCUACACGGAUGUGACACCCCGGCAGUUCUUCAAUGUUCAGCUGGAUACAGAGUAUAGAAAAAAGUGGGAUGCCCUGGUGAUCAAGCUGGAAGUGAUUGAGAGGGAUGUGGUUAGUGGAUCUGAGGUUCUUCACUGGGUAACCCAUUUUCCUUAUCCAAUGUACUCACGGGAUUAUGUUUAUGUUCGGCGGUACAGCGUGGAUCAGGAGAACAACGUGAUGGUGUUGGUGUCACGUGCCGUGGAGCACCCUAGUGUGCCAGAGUCUCCAGAAUUUGUCAGGGUCAGAUCAUAUGAGUCCCAGAUGGUUAUCCGUCCCCACAAGUCAUUUGAUGAGAAUGGCUUUGACUACUUGUUGACAUACAGUGACAAUCCCCAGACUGUAUUUCCUCGCUACUGCGUUAGUUGGAUGGUUUCCAGUGGCAUGCCAGAUUUCCUGGAGAAGCUGCACAUGGCCACGCUGAAAGCCAAGAACAUGGAGAUCAAAGUUAAGGACUACAUCUCAUCUAAGCCUCUGGAAGUGGGUAGUGAAGCCAAGGCCACCGCCCCAUCUUCCGAGCGGAAGAGCGAGGGCAGCUGCGGCCCUGCCCGGAUCGAGUAUGCGUGAAGGACUUUGGGAGAAGAGGGACAGGCUGCUUCCAGCCCUGCCUCGGUUUCUUAUCGCUCCGCUGCGGAACAGGACAUGUGUUAGAGGUGUCUGCUGUAACCACCAGUGCAAGAUAAUUCAGCAGUGGUGUCCAGUCUCUUCAGAGCCCUUCUGCUCUUUAUCAAAACAGAGGAGGCGGCAUCCGUGGGGGCAUUGUCAUAUUCUCAGGCCGAGCAUUUUGAGAUUCAGUAUUUCACUGAGCUAAUCUGGAACCAACGUCUCAUCUCAGGCCAGAGGGGACGACAUCUGUUGCUUCCUCUGAGUGGUUUCCUCCACCCACAUUCCAUUCUCAGCCUCGGUUCUGCAGUACUUUGGGUUUCCUUUGGUUCUGAACGUCCAGCUGGACCGACUGGGUGGUUGAGUCUCCAGUGAGGGUCAUGGGGAGCGCUCUUGGUCACAGUCUUGGUGUUGAGGGGUGUGAACUGUUGCUUGGCAGUGUAAGUGCCUUGUCCUCACCUUGCUCCUACCUUUAGGGGCAAAGUUUGUACCAAGAAAUGUCUCUUCACCUCCCAUUCUUAUCUCACUGACUCACCCUACCCGAAGCAGUUUCCGUGGAGUUGGCCAGUUCGUCUGUAUUCACGGUCUAUAUUAACUUACGUCGUUGCCUCCUUCUGUAGCCCAUUUACCAAGAACACUGGGAAGCUGAUCCUUUUAGACAUCACUCUGUAUUGUCAGUGUUUUUGACAGGGUCAGUGGAAAUGCUCAAACCAUUACACUUUAGCAUUUUUUUUUUAACCUUUGUGUCAAAAAGUGGGAAUUGGGGAGUUGAAUAGAUUUUCCCAUAGUCCAGCUGUACAGAGAACACCUUUUUGAUUCAGGCAUAUUUUUCACACUUCAGGUUUGAUUGGAUGCCAAGGACUUGUCCAUGUUGGGAGGCUACAGGCAGAGAGAUGGGGGUUGGGCGGCUCCCUCUCAAAGCUGUAGACAAGCUGUGUGAACGAAUAGAUGGAAUCUUGUCCCAAAUGCUAAUAUAAGGAGGAUGUGGUUUAUGUGACCCUCUCUCGUUCCUCUGAAGAGGUUUUCCUCUUCUGAGCUGAAAUAAAAGCAGACGGCGCAGUUUGGAUACAGUCACAAUCAGGUGGGAUCGGUCUGGCCUAGCUGAGUGACUAGGUUCUCCCCCCAACCCCCGCUACCCUUUUGUGUUGUUGAAAAGAGGAGCUAAACCUGAGACUAACUUUAAGCCCCUUGACCUUUUUGUUGCCUAAGUUUUGUGCCAAGGAAAUGCCUGCCCCGGUGUUUCAUGUCUUGCCUUCUCUGCGUCGUUGGCAGAGCAGAGAUGCGUCAGGCAGUCCCAGCUUCUUUUCUCUUCUCAUCCCCAGGACAUGACGCAGCCAGGGCAGAGCCCCUGGGUUCGGUGUGAAUUUAGCGCCCGUGGUUUUUGGAACGUGGUCAGGUGUGGUGGGAGCACAUGGGUGUUACGGAGCUGGGUGUGGCAAUUUUACUCUGCACUUGGGGUUGGUCUGUACAGUUACUCGUGUCAUUGUAAUGAUUUAACCCCUGACUGUGACAUUUUUAUCAAAUGUGUGAAUAAAUACAUAAAGAUUGGUACCAAA